CUUUAUUAAACUAUUUAUUGAUUUAAUAUUCUUUCAAUGAAAUCAUUUACUAUUGUCGCUAUUACUGCUGCUUUGGCUACUUCAAUCAGUGCUUACCAACAACAUGGUGAACAUUUUGCUAAGUCUGAACUUUUUGUACCUGGUGUUCAAAUCGAAACAAAGCCUCCAGUUGUCGUAAUUGAAACUGUUACUCGUACUACUUGUUUAUCUUCUAUGCCCACUGUAAGUAUAAUAAUUUUUUUUAUUUUGAGAAGAAAAGAGAUAUUAGACAUGUAUAUAAAUAAUUAGGGUAUGCACGAAUGGCUGGACAAUAAUAAGGGUAUGCACGAAUGGAUGGACAAUAAUAAAGGUAUGCACGAAUGGAUGGACAAUAAUAAGGGUAAACAGCAACAAGAUCAAAACGGCUAUGAACAGUAUGAUCAUGAGGCUGAUAGAGAUUAUAAUAAAGAUAAUGAUGUACAUGAUACAUACGAUUACCAUGGAAAAGGCGGUAAAGAUGAGACAGAAGAUAAUGAGCAUGGAUACAUUGAAUACAAUGAAAUGGGUAAUAAGUAUAAACAUGAUGAAAAAGAUAAUAAAGAAGAUGACGAUAAGGAUGAGAUGGAUCACAAGGGAAAGGAAUCUAAAAAGGGCAAGAAUGAAGACAAAUUCUAUGCCAACUCUUAUGCUCCUGAAGCUUCAGACGCUGUUGAGAAUCAAAGUUUAGAUGCUGCUCAGGUUGUUUCUUCUAUCUUUGCCUCAGCCACUGCUUCGGCCUCCAGCUCUGCUCGUAUGUCUUCUUCUAGUCAUGUGGCUAGAACCUCUUCUAUUGCUUCUAGACUUAGUAGUGCUUUUGCCUCUGCUACUUCAUCUGCUCUAUCUCCUACCAGUGGUGCUGGUAAUGUCAAGGUUGGUAGUACAUUUGUUAUUGCUGCUGCUGGUAUUGCUGCCUAUUUGCUUGUUUAAGCCUGAAUAUCAUAUAGAUCUAAAUUCUUAGAAUAACCUUCCUUUCUAUAAUAAUAUUACUCAGCACACUCUUUAUUAUUAUUAUUAAUAUUAUUAAAUUAUUUUAUACCUGUC